AUGCAUUUAAAUGAUUCAACUCUGGAAUUAGGCUCAAACAGAGAUAGACAUCGGAAUAUCGGUGAAGAAACACCAUUAGCUCAUGAUAAAACAUUUAGCGAUUGGAAAAAAGAAAUUAAAGAAAUUGAAUUUCUGUAUAGACUGGUUGGGAAAAAAUCACUGAUAGGUCCUUCUAUAUCAUCAUCUCUUUCUAACAACAAUUACACAACAGAAAAUGACAGUUCAAAAAUACAAAAGCCCAAUACCAAUACUAACAAAAUUGCUAACAAAAAAGAAAAAGAAUCGUUUUCACGUUGUAAUAAUCAACAAUCCGUAAAAUUUAUGAUAAUGAAACACACUGACAAAUCAGAUAUUCGGAUUUAUUCCACCAUUUCAGAAAUAAAUGCUAAAAAUCCAAAAUAUUUCAGAACUAAAAAUUGGAUUUCACCCACAGCAUUAACAAAUGUUAUCUAA